GAGGGAGAACAGAGUGAACAAAUCAGAGCUCCGUGUCUGAACAAAAAAAAAGAUACCAGGCAGGAAGAGAACCCGAAUACUAUUGCAAUUUCUGUAGAGAUAUUCCUUGUGCUAUUCUUAAUUACUUUUUAAAAGAUGCUCUCUUUCUUUUGUAUGAGUUCCGGUAUGGGUUUUCAAACAGAAUCUAAGGUGUUUGAUGAAUUGCCUGCCGUUGAGGAGACUUUUAUUGAUGAAUGAAUCAUUUCUAUGAAGUUGGCGUCAGGUGUUGCAAGCCACUGCAGAAGUAGCUGUCCUUUGAACUGAGUUACAGCACUCUCUCAUUCAAAAAUUGAAAUGAUCACGAUGCGUUUUUUGUUCAUGAAACCCCUUCUUAACUCCUUCUCUCACCGCCAGCACCACCGUUGUCUUUGCCUCUUAACUACUGAAUCAAGCCAAACGUACCCAUCUUCACCAUCCCCAGUCAAUGAAGAUCACCUUCUCCGGGUUUGCACCGUCCUCUUCCAACAACAAGACUCUUCAGACUUCAAACUCCGUAACAAACUUUCCUCCAUUGAUUUCAACCUUACCCAUGAGUUCUUCCUCCAAGUUUGCAACAAAUUCCCAGCCUCUUGGCGCCCCGUGCAUCGCUUCUUUCAAUACACACAACAGAUGCCUUGCUCACGUUUCACUCACACUUCCGUGUCUUUCAACAAGAUGCUUGAUAUCUUUGGAAGAUCAAGAAACCUUGAUCUCUUGUGGGAUGCUGUCCAGGAAAUGGCAAAACGUGGUUUGGUUAAUGAUAAGACUUUUAUAAUUGUUUUGAAAGCACUAGCUUCAGCAAGGGAGUUGAAAAAAUGUGCUGAAUUCUUUCAUUUUAUGAAUGAGCAUGGAUGCGAGUAUAGAGUUGAGAGGUUAAACAAGGUGGUGGAGAAUUUGUGCAAGGAUAAGCUUGUUGAGGAGGCAAAGUUUGUGGUUUUGAAGUUGAAGGAUUGGAUUAGGCCUGACGGGGUUACCUAUGGGUGGUUGGUUAAGGGGUUCUGUGAUGUUGGUGAGUUGAUCGAGGCUUCAAAGAUCUGGAAUUUGAUGGUGGACGAGAGCAUCGAGCCGGAGAUUGAGGUGUUUGAGAAAAUGAUGGAGACACUUUUCAAGAGGAAUGAGUAUGAUGAGGCUUUGAAGGUGUUUCAGACGAUGAGGGUGAAUAGAAUGGAUGAUUUAGCGCUCUCCACUUACAAGCUUGUGAUUGAUUGGAUGUGUAGAAAAGGUAAAGUUGUGCAAGCGCAGAUGGUGUUUGAUGAAAUGCGCCAGAGAGGAAUUCAAGCAGAUAAUUCAACAUUGGGGUCCCUAGUUUAUGGCCUUUUAACAAGAGGCCGGCAUGCAGAGGCUCAUAAAGUUGUCGAAAGGAUUGAAAAACCAGACAUUAGCGUGUAUCAUGGACUGAUUAAGGGGCUCGUAAGGUCAAGGAGGGCGAGUGAAGCAACACAGGUGUUCAGAGAGAUGAUUAAUAGAGGCUGUGAGCCUACAAUGCACACAUAUAUUAUGCUAUUGCAAGGGCAUUUAGGGAAGAGAGGGAGGAAGGGGCCAGACCCACUUGUGAAUUUUGAGUCUAUUUUUGUUGGAGGUUUGAUUAAGGCUGGGAAGUCAUUAGAAGCCACCAAAUACGUAGAGAGGACAAUGAAAGGAUCACUUGAGGUGCCUAGGUUUGAUUACAAUAAGUUUUUGCAUUAUUAUUCAAGUGAGGAAGGUGUGGUUAUGUUUAAGGAGGUGGGGAAGAAAUUGAGGGAGGCAGGGUUUGUUGAUUUGGCGGAUAUACUGCAGAGGUAUGGGGAGAAAAUGGCUACUAGAGAGAGGAGGAGAAGACGUUCUGAGUUAGUUAAUGGCUCCGAAUAAGCUGGGAAUUGCAUUGGCUACAUUUUCAAAUGUGCAGGUCAAGUUGUUCGGUUCUGAGAUUGAAGCCCGUGGGGGAGCGUCGCCACCAGCGAUCAAGGACGACAGGCUCGGUGGAGAAUCAAAAUGAAACGCGAUUUUGUGGCAAUCUUGGAAGAAGAGUACCAGCAGGGGUGGAUUAGGGAUUCAUUCUUGACAUGAAAUUGUGGCCUUUUGUAGCAAGCACCUAAAAGUUUCGAGUGGUGUAGCUGUACUGUCAGCAGUGGAAAGGCAGCACAUGCCAUGACAUUUUUGAAGGCAUGGAGCUCGCUGGUUGGCAGGCAGGCAGGGGAGACAGACUGUUCAUGAUGUACAGGUAGGCGGAUAGACCAAGACCAGUUGGUGUGGAAGCACAAUGCGCUUUCGUCGGCCCAAGAAACCAAUAUUUCUGUGCGACGUAAAGAGGAAUUGCAAUUUGCUCGCAUGACAGCAAAUCAUGGCUUGCAGAAAACUGGCGUGGAAAUGACUUGAAAAGAUUUUCAUCCCACCAUUAGCUAAUCAUGGGAGGAUAUAAAAUGUUCAUGCACUAAUCUGUGCAUCUCUUGAUUUAAUUAUGAUUAUUAACAAAGAAAUCAUCAUCCGCCAGAAAGGGGACUGUUCGUUAA